UUGUUAUUGAAAUGAGAGUUGACGCAGCAUCGAUCGUGCGUUGAUUGUUUGUACGAAGAUCAACCGGCAACAUUAGCAUCCCCACGCGCAUUUAAAUGUGUUUCAAGUACAGUAGGCAUUAGAUUGCUCUCCUACCCACCUAAAAGCACCUCAUUGACUUGGCAUAAAGCCAUACUUUACGUUGUUGGCUACACUCACACACCGGCAGACGAUCAUGCACGAUCGUGCACCAUGGAAGGAGUAUAGAGGGGGAAGAAAAACAGAUCUCGCGUUGUUUUGAUGCUAACUGUGAAACCUCCCACCACCCCGGCCAGCCGCAUUUAUUAGCUCAUCGAAGGUGCGUCAUCUUAGCGUCAUCAUACACGCGCGAUACAUAAGCACGCCACGCGUGCAGAGUGCGGAGGUGUUGAACGGGGUGUUGUACCAUACACAGCCCAUAUGUUCUUCACCCGUCGACCACCGACCCCACGCAUCCGAUCAAUUAUCCAUGGUUCUGCCUUAACGCCUUAACUCCCUCCUUUUGAGGCAUUUUUCUUCGGUGAAGUGAAUGCUGAUUCCGAGUCACUCUUCCACACCAGAAUGGGACGUGUUCGUGGUGGUGCCGUGUUGGCGCUAGGCGUAAAAUUAGUGCUGUUAACACUUUGCACCCAGUACGCGGCAUGUGAUAAGUACGAGUACAUAAACCUACCGAAAGCACAUCUUCCCAUGUACUUCCGGCGGUUUCCGGCGCUGGAGAAGCAGUGCGCAGAGGACGAAACUUGCCCCUACCAGAAGGUUCUUGCAAGCCAAAGUUACCAAACGCGGAAGGAUGCGGGCGCCUGCUGGGGCUAUGAGGAAGGUUGUACGGAACGGGCCCGGUACGCGAACCAUACCUGCCCGGGCAGUCACGUCGGUUACGUGAAAAGCAAACAGGCACAGCUGGACACGUUCUACAGUCAGGCCGAUUUCGGCUUCGUGCGGGAUCAAAUACGCGAAACGCGCAUCAUGUGCGAACCCCAGUUCCCGCACGAUUCGUCGCUCGAAUGCUCCAAGUAUUUGCGGUACUGUCGCGGCCGCAAUUUGAUGAUCAAUUUCACCGAUCUAGCACACCGGUCCGAACCGUUGCGGUACAAGAUGGAUGUGCUGGGCCAGGGCCAGAUCGGUGGCCACUGUCGGUUGCACGGCAAACGGUUGCGGGAUGAGCUGCAGCACAUAAGCCCGCUGCAAUCGUGGGGCCCGGAGUUGCGGUUCUUCAAGCGUCUCGAGGACGGACCCCCGAUCGAGGACGGACGGUGCGAUGUGGUGAUCGAGAAGCCAACGUUCAUCAUGAAGAUUGAUGCAGCAAUCAAUAUGUAUCAUCAUUUCUGUGAUUUUCUAAACCUGUACGCUUCGCUGCACGUGAACCUGUCCGCACCGGCCAGCUUCGGUACGGAUACGCACGUUUUGAUAUGGGAAUCGUUCACGUACCAGUCGCCGUUUGCGGACACGUUUAAGGUGUUUACGAGGAAUCCGAUUGCGGAUUUAAAAACGUACGCCGGGAAGGUGGUUUGCUUUCGGAACGUUGUGCUGCCGCUGUUGCCGCGCAUGAUCUUCGGACUGUACUACAAUACACCGAUCAUUUAUGGCUGUGAAAACAGUGGCCUCUUUCAUGCCUUUUCCGAGCAUGUCCUGCACCGGUUACGGGUACGAAUGACAGCCCGCCCCGACGAUCGCAUCCGGAUAACGUUCCUGUCGCGUCAAACGCGCUACCGGAGGGUGCUGAACGAGGACGAACUGAUGGCCCGUAUCGCCCAAAAUCCCACCUAUGACGUGCAGCGCGUCAGCUACGGUCACGAGCUGUCCUUCGUCGAGCAGCUGCGAAUAACGCGCAACACCGAUGUGUUUAUCGGUAUGCAUGGCGCCGGCCUGACGCAUCUGCUCUUCCUACCCAAGUGGGCCACCCUGUUCGAGCUGUACCACUGUGAGGAUCCAAACUGUUACCGGGAUUUAGCGAGGCUUCGGGGCGUACACUACCUCACCUGGGAGCGGGACCAUCUCGUCCACCCGGACGGCGAAGGGAAACAUCCGGAGCGUGACGAACGGCACGCCAAGUUCACCAACUACGCGUUCGAUGUGAACGAGUUCGAGCGGUUGGUAGCGAAGGCGGCCAACCACGUGAAGGACCAUCCAGCGUUCCAGAACUUUUUAAGCGCCAAGAAAUCGAGCAACCGUCCAACGAAGAAAGAUGAGCUUUAAACAACGAAUUCUCGCCAAGCUACUAGAUCAUACUAACACACAGCGGGCAUCCCUUAGCGCUUUGCGUCGCGUCUCGUUCUAUUGGGCGAGCAAAGUGAAUCGUGACCCCUUAUGAGCUUUACAUAUGAGAUGAGACAGAGUAAUCGGAUGGCUUUAUAUGAUAUUUAUAACUCACCACGUCUUUCCGUCUUACGGAAACGAGAGCGGAAAGCGAACAGUAUUUUUUAAUUCCAAAAAACUCGAUUAACGGAAAUAAGCAGCGCCUCAUGUACUUCUUAUGAUAAGCAGACUCAUCGAAGGGAAGGUUGAUGCUAUCUUUGCGAUAUUUUUACUCAAUUUGAUUUAAGCUAAUAAAGGUAGAAACUAUACGGCUAAUAAGUGGUUGGACUCGAAA